AUGGAAGAUAUUGUAGAGAAAAAUAUUGAAGAGCGAGGUGUUAAACAAGGGGAUGUUUUAAGCCCCACACUUUUUAAUAUUUUUAUUGAUGAUGUUGUAAAAGAUUUAUUCAAUGGUAGCUGUGAACCAGUCAGAGUUGGUGAUUUGUCUGUAAAUUGUUUAUUAUAUGCUGAUGAUAUUGUAUUACUAUCAGAAAGCAAAACUGGUUUGCAAGCCAGUCUCAAUACUCUUAGUACAUAUUGCUCAAAUUGGAAGCUACAGGUUAAUGUUCAAAAAUCAAAGGUUUUAGUUUUUAACUCUAAUGGUAAAACAUAUCUAAAUGAGUUUUUUUAUAAUGAUAAUGUCAUACAAACUGUCUCCAAAUAUUGCUACUUGGGAAUAAUGUUAAAGUGUAAUGACAACUUUAACUUAGCUGUAUCCUUACUAAUGGAAAAAGCUAGGAAAGCAUGUUUUAAGAUUAAAAAAACAAUUGGAUUGGAUAAUCCUUGUAAACUUUUAGAAAAAUUAUUUGAUUCAUUAGUAAGCCCCAUAUUGCUGUAUUGUAGUGAGAUUUGGGGUGUUUUUGAUAAUUCGGGAGACAAUUCCAUUUUGGAAAAAUUCCAUAUGAAAUUCAUAAAAGAAAUUCUAGGUGUUCAUUGUAAAGCAAUUAAUGCUGCUUGUAGAGCUGAACUUUGCAGGCUACCGUUAUGCUCAAAAAUAUCAUUUUCUUGUAUUAAGUUUUAUGAUCAUAUUUUAAGGUCUGGAAACGCACUUAUAUCCAAAGUUUUUCUGGCAACUGAAAAAAAUAACCCCUGGACAAAGAAACUUUAUUCUAUUUUUAAUAAUCUAGGAUUUUCAAACCUAGCUGGGGGAAACUUUUCUAUUAAACAAUAUCUACCAAGUAUUAAACAACGAGUGAUUGAUCAGUGCACACAGGAUCAAUCAUCAAAAAUUCAUGAUUCAUCAAAACUAAAAUUUUACCAACAAUUUCAUAAUUCAAAGCAGCGUAGUUCUUAUGUUGAUGUUCUAAGUAAUAGAUUAGAAAGGUCAUCUCUGUGUAAAAUUAGAUUGAGUGCACACAAUCUUGCUAUUGAAAAGGGGCGAUAUCUAGGUUUAGCCACCGACGAACGAGUUUGUAAUGUAUGUAAAUCAGGUGAGGUAGAAGAUGAAAAUCACUUUUUACUGAAAUGUGAAUUUUUUUCAAACUAUAGAUUUAACUUUAAAAAUAAGAUAUUAAAUAUACUUCCUACAUGUUGUAGUGAAAAUCAGCUAAAUAUUAAUAGUUGUAUUAAUAGUAAUUCUUUAAAAGUCCUGAAAGUGACUAGUUCUUAUAUACAUAAAUGUCUGAUGUAUAGAAACGAGAUUUUAGCUUCUUAUUUAUAACAUAUUUAAAUACUAGUAAAUGUAUGCUGUAUUCAUUGUUGUAAUGCACUGUAAUAUGGGCCUUUGCCAAUUAUUGUAAUUGUGUUUGUGCCAAUAAAAUAUUUG